AUGACGGCACCCACAAUGCAGCAGCCAAUCAUCCCCCCUCGUCCGUCCAAGAGCCCGGCCAAAGACCUCGCGGCCGCCAGCUCUACACCUCUGAUCCCGCCACGACCGGCUAACAAGCGAAUCGAUCGCUCAAAGUCACCUAAUCCCGAUCGAUUUGCCCAAUCGCCCUUCACCGAUGGCGCAAUUACUGUGAGCCCUCUUGGGACCCAGCUUAGCCCAAGCAACUCCCACGGAGGCUCUGGCGAAGGCAUUGAUCACUCUGAGAGUGUGCCGAUGCCCUCUGUUGGUGAAGAGGGAUUGGAAUAUAGCGUCAUCACUUCCGAGCUGCAAGGACCGGGAACCGAGGAUGCAGAGCAGACACGCACUGUCGCCCAGGACCUCAAGCUCCAUGCCCCUAAGCCUUCUCUCCCCGCUGCGAGUGCCAAAGAGCGGGUUAUGAAUGUCACUCGCACCGAUUCGGACAGGGCUGCCUCGUUUGGCAUUGGAAAGCCAGGACAUCUCGAAGGCCGAUCAACCUCCCGCAAUGGCUUGAGGAAGAAAUCUAGCACAAGUUUCUCUGCUACAAGCGAGGACCAGCAGCUUGAUGAUGAACAUGGCAUUCCCGAAAUUGGACAGCGAGUCCCCAUGAACCCGCAUCUGGGAGACGUCCAAGCUCCAUCGCCUGCCCCGACUGAUGGAAGCGGUAAACACCAUAGCCGCAAGCUCAGCUCUCGUGGUCUUCCCCCUGGAAGCUAUGGAAUGCACGGCCACGGAGUGGAACCUCAGGAUGAGCUUGAUAAGGCUUAUUACAAGAAGCACCCUGAAGUUAUGCAGCGAGAGCAUCAUACCCCGCUGCACGAUCAUCGCCAGACCGAUUUUGCUCUGAGCAGCAGCGAUCUCAACAAGCUAGUCCGAGACACAGCUAACCGUAAAUCUAUAGAUUUUAGUGAGCAGCAUGGAACUCCCAACGAAGAAGUUGCGUUCCAAGCUCACGAGGAGUAUGCUAGCCGCAUGGCUACUCCGCGUCCAGUCUCGAUAGUUCUUGACACGGGCGCACCAUUGGAGGACCCCGGUGCAUCUGAGAACAAGCCUAUUCAUGUCGACGAUCCUAAGCAUCCAGAGCAGUAUUCCUAUGGCGCUGAAAGCCCGGUCGAAGCCCGUGGGGACGAGUUCGAGGCUCCUAUUCUUGCCGCAGAUGAGAUUGAGAAGGAUGCUAGGCGACCCGCUCAGCAGCCAGCCAUUCGGCCCCAUCUCGAUCGCAACAGCAGUUCGUAUGAUGGCACAAGUCGUCCAACUAGCCGUCCCUCUAGUCGACCGACGAGCAUUUACAACGCUCAUACCAACCUCGACUUUGACCACACUCCUUUGGAAGAUGUUCGCGAAUACGAACCUCUGUUCCCUGAUGAGGCCGCCAAGAAGGAGGACGAAAGGCGUGAAAGCAAAGACGGGUCAAAAGCACGUCACUAUUUCCCUAGCAAAGAUGUUUGGGAAGAUGCGCCGACCAGUGUUCACUACACCGCGGAGGUCUCAACCCCUGAUAAUGCAGAGGAAAAUGCAGAGGAAGACGCCCAACGAAGGAAGUCGUCAACGCAUCCUGAGAAUCGCCCCAUGACUCCGGCUCAGAUAUUUGCUAUGCAGCAAGAAGAGCUCGCCGAGAAGGAGGCAAACGGCAAAAAGCACAACUUCUUACCCAUCUUGGAGCAACCUAAGCCUACUUGGGUCGAUCACCAACCCCAUCUGAAGAGUGGGAAGUCAAGUACAGGUCAUCGAUUCCCCAGUAAGGAUGUCUGGGAAGAUACUCCAGAGAGUCUUCUUUACGAGGCAGAGGUAGAGGAAAAGCCAAAGAGCGAGAACAAGCCUGAAGUCCCCGCCCGGCCCUCAAAGAAGCUAACUGAACUGCUUUCACAUAAGCCUGCUAUUCCUGAACGUCCAAAGUCCACUAGACAGACUAGCGGCGAAGAUGUACCCAAGCCGCUGGUACCUACUCGGCCUGUCAAAAAGGUCUCAGCCGACUCAAAGGAUGGGGAACUCUCCAAGCCCAAGCCCCCAGUCCCCUCUCGUCCUGCUGGAAGCAAGAUUGCCGCUCUACAGGCUGGAUUCAUGAGCGAUUUGAAUAAGCGUCUGCAGCUUGGACCUCAGCCUUCGAAGAAGGAAGAAGCGGAGAAGACCGAAGCGGUGGAGGAAAAAGAUAAAGUCAUACUGUCCGAUGCUAGAAAAAGUCGGGCUAGAGGACCACAGCGUCGCGCACCAACCAAGAGCUCAGCCCCAGCUGCUGCUGCACCAUCAGCCAAGGAGCCCGCCGCUGUCACGCUAUGCUUUUCUCAGCCGCAGACAAUUUGGAACAUUGAUCCUGAUCAUGGCGACGUUCAUGUUGUUUCCGACUCACUUGAGGUCCCUGAAAAGGAAGCUUCUGAAACCGUACUAGAAUCAGAAAGACUGCCUCCCGUGCCGAUAGAGAAUGAGAAACCCGCUGAAGUAGAAGAGCCUAAAGCAGAGCAAGAGAAAGAGACGGAACACGCUGCGAAGGUGGUAGAACCCGAAGCUCCCAAGGAAGCUGCUGAGCCCGCUGCUUCAAUCGAGCCUGUACAGUCCGAGACUGCGCCGGAACCUGAACCUUCGACUGAAUCUGAAGAACCCAAGAUCCUUGAGAGCGCCAAAGAGCUCGAAAUCACCAAGGAGCCUGAAGAGAUCAAAGAGUUGGGCGAAACCGAGAAAUUAGAAGAAGUCAAGAAAUCAGAAGAGCCAGUGAAGGAAGAAACACUUGCGGCAAACAUGGCUGGCGAAAGCAUUUUGGAAGCGAAAGUGGAACAGAACGAUGAUACAAAGGAGAUAGAACCCGUUGAGGUUGCAGACGAGGUGAAGGCUUAG